CGUGGAGCAUUCCUCUCAGAAUUGCCACCAUGACCCGGUCAUAACAUGUCCGCCGAUCUGUUUGCUGCCUUUGCUACAGCGGAUGACAAGCAGGAGAAAUCUGGAGAUGUGGCGCAACCACCUGCUGAAACGAUCGAAGGAUCCUUGAUCAGCCACGACCUAUCAGGACCAAUUGUGACUACUCCGGGCAGGCCGCUUCGGGGAAACCGAGUGUCACCACUGUGGAAACGGGACGUUGAUGGAAGUGACGUUCUGUUCGAUGCCGAAGAUGCACCAAUUGAUGAUGAUUUCGGCGACUUCGAGAUAGCGAACCCUCCGGAGGGAGCGGUGGUUCAAAGUCAUGCACAUCAUCAUGCAAUUCAUCAUACAAUUCAUGAGAGUGUAGUCUCGGAAAAGCUUAUCCCGGACCUCCUUGCCGAUGAUAACUACACAGAGGAGCCUUCUAGGCCAACUACUGCCUUGACUCUCUCGAACAAGUCUGACGCCAACGAAGAGACAAAUUUGUCGCCAAUCAACCUUGAAAGCCGAGAAGAGCCCCAAGACGCGUGGGAAGAAUGGUCAGAGUUCGACGAUGUCCAAAACGUCAUUGAUGUGCGAACAAGUAAGAGGCAUCUUGGAAAGCAUGAAUCUCAACCCUUCCCACCUCAAGAAACAACAAACAAUAACGAAGAUGAAUGGGAACCUUUCGAAGAUGGGCGGACCGAUAAACUGCCACAGGAAAGCCUUCCAAUGCAAUCAGACACUGCUCCGAACUAUUCAGGAUCAAUUUCAGGACGCAAAGCUGCGAUCCCUUCCUUCGAACGACCUACAAACGUUCCGCCACCGUCUUCGCUGUUACAGUUGAUGAGCACCGUCUUUGAUCAACUGCACCAGGAAAAUGUUGCUAAUAACAUACCCAAGCCCGUACUAGCCACCAAGGUGCUCCUGGUUUAUAGAACAGCGAGCCGACUAGCAGCUGGGAGAUCAUUGCGAUGGAAACGCGAUACACUUCUAUCACAGAGUAUGAGAAUAGGCCAGGCAGGGACCAGGGGAGGAAUGAAGCUCGCGUCAGUGAACAAAGGGGAAACUGCAAAAGAGAGCCGAGACUCGGAAGAAAUGACUCAUGACUGGACGAAGAAUGUUCAUGAAUAUAACAGCAUUAUUGCUCAUGCGGGAUUGCCACCCCAACGACUGAAAAUGUCUGCAGCUCCCAGUCUAAAGAUGCAGAGAUAUUCUGGCUCAUCCGACACUAAACCAUGCGCAUUAUGCGGGUUGAAAAGGACUGAACGAUUGGUUGACGUUGAUGUCGAUGUUGACGAUCUGUUUGGCGAGUUCUGGACAGAACACUGGGGUCAUAAAGACUGUUACGAGUUUUGGUAUUCUUAUAAGGCGCUGCUUGCACAGAGAUAGGUGGUUAUUGACAUCUCUGGGGGUCCAAUCCAGUCAAGCAAGGCUGUGACGCCGACGAGGAAAUUAAGAGUUCAGAUGGCGCUGGACCAAACACACAAUACUUGAUGUAGAGUGCAUUCAGCGGGACUGUUAUAAACAAUCGUG